AUGAAAGCAGCGCAGGCUAUAAGGAGGCUUCGUCCCUUGCCUAUAGGGAGGCAUCACACAUGUCAUUUGGAAAAUUCUGCUAACAUACAAGUGCGACACAGUGUUACUGUUGUGAGUUCUAAAUCAAAGUUAUUUUGUACUGCUGCUUUACAAACCCGUAAUUUAGGAUUGGGCCCAACAUCAAAAGACUUUGAGGAAACGAAAAUACAAGCUGGGGAGCUGUUCACAAAAGUACAUGCCGAAGAACUAGUACUUCAUUUAAAAGAUGGAGAGAGAAAAUUAUUGCUCGAAGCUCUACAGGAAUAUGAAUCGAACAGGAUCAAAGAAGUGUUUGAAGAUAGGUUGGCUGGUCGUAGAUGGCGAAGUAAGUUGGGUAGACCAAGCAAAGUUCCCACGUUGGGUGACGUCGAUCCGACGGGUAAAUACUGUCCCAUGCCCGAAGACUGGCUGAAGAAAAAGUAUGCUGCUACUGUACCAAAACCUACCACAAAGGAACUGUUUCAUUUGUCAUUCGCAAAUUCAGUGCCCUUUAUUGGAUUUGGAUUUUUAGACAAUUUCAUAAUGUUAAUUGCUGGUGACAGAAUAGAGAGUUCAAUGAGCGCAUACAUAACGCUGUCAACGAUGGCGGCGGCGGCGCUUGGCAACACUUUCAGUGACGUCAUCGGCAUUGGGUCCUCGUACUACGUGGAGCGACUGGCUGCGCUCCUCGGCCUCGGCGCUCCGGCGCUGUCCCCCGUGCAGCUCGACAUGCCGAUAAGUAGGCGCUUUGCUAACAUGGGACGCGUACUAGGCAUCACAUUUGGCUGUAUCCUGGGAAUGACACCGCUGCUCUUCAGGGACGACGAUAAGAAACACGAGGACAAGAAAGAAGGCAAGAAAGAAGAUAAAAAAGAAGUCAAGAAAGAAGACAAGAAAGAAGACAAGAAAGAGAAAGAAUCUAAGUAA